AUGCCGAAAACCAUUAAGGAUGCCAUGACGGCAACUCGAGCUCUGGGAUUCAGAUACCUCUGGGUGGAUCGGUAUUGUAUCAACCAGACCUGUCAAGAGGAGGUUGUAGAACAAGUCCACAAGAUGGAUCUUAUCUAUAACCAUGCAGAGCUGACAAUCAUCGCCGCUGCCGGACAGAAUGCCAAUCAUGGCCUCCCUGGCGUGUCUCGUAGAGAGGUGGGCCAGCCAUCUGCGAGAAUAGGAAGGCAUUCCCUGGUGUCGUCAAUGGGGGAUCCUCGUUUGGUUAUCGAGCAGUCUACAUGGAACCAAAGAGGUUGGACAUACCAAGAAGGGCUGCUCUCCCGAAGACGGGUGGUUUUUACACCAAACCAAGUCUACUUUGAGUGCUGCGGAAUGUACUGCUUUGAAGCACUGAACCUUCCAUUGCCGGCAUUACAUGUCCAGGACUCUAGCCGCUUCAAGGCUUCGUUUUGUGACGGAGUGAACUUGGGAAUGUUCCCUCGGCAGCUCGGGCGCACAGAGUGGGAGGUCAUGCAGAGUAUCACCCAGUACAGCGCCAAGUCAUUGAGCGACCCCUCAGAUAUCUUGAAUGGGGUUUCAGGGGUAUUGCGAGCGUUGAAGCAGAGCCCACACAAGAUUCGGCACUGCAAAGGCGUCCCUUUCCUCCCUCGGCCACCCAAACCAUCAGGUAUCGAGCAAAAGAGAGCCCAAGAAAUUUACGACGCCUACAAGUGGUCUCCAACUGUGGGCUUCUGCGCCGGACUCUGCUGGAUCGUCACCAAGACUUUGAAGCGGCGAAAUGGCUUCCCAAGUUGGUCAUGGACAGGCUGGAAUGGUGAAAUCGACUCGGCGUUCACGGAGAGGGAGUGGAGGCAGCUCAAAAGCACCUUGGAUAUCCAAUUCAAAGUCCAGCUCGAAUGUGGCGAGGAGUGUGGCUUGGAUGAGUAUUUUCACCAGUGCAUCAAUCACGAUGUGGCCAUCUCAGACACUCUCCUCGUCUCUGGUUUGGUCACACCAGUUCAGCUUACCAGUAGUCUGUUGAGUUCGAGUUAUUCCCAAUUGCGUGGCUUCACAGAAACUACGGCUAAUGCCGUAUCUUUGACUAAGAAUGGAAAACUAUUAGACUGGGACUUCACUGUCACGGACGAAGAUCUAGAUGUCCAGACUUUGGGGGCAUGUUUGGCCAUCGAACUUGCUCGGGGAGCAACCUUAUUCCACAAUCGUUUUUUGAUAGUUGUUACUGAAACAGAACGAGGGAGCUAUCGACGAAUUGGUUUCGCUGAGAGAAGGGGUGCGGGACAAUUCCAGGUUCCAGAGUUUGCCAAGACACGGAUGAACCUGCAACUUGAAUGA